CCCCUGGAAAUAGCACACGGCGAGCGCAAGGCACGGCGCAUGCAUGCCCGCCCGCCCGCGCACACAGACGACGCGCCCGCGCAGGUCCGCUAUCGCCAGGGACGAACGACGUGCGUGCGUGCGACGGCGUCUCCGGUCCUACGCGCGCCGGUCAACCCAGCCAUGGCUGUCGCCUCCCCUCGCCGCGGCCGCGGCCGCGGCGGCGCCGUCGCUCUCCUCCUCCUCCCCGUCCUCCUCCUGGCGUGCCGGGCGCCGGCCGCGGCAGGCUUCAACACCGAGUUCGAGGAAGACAAAUCGCCCAAGCUCCCCCGCUGCGACAACCCCUUCCAGAAGGUGAAAGUGAUGUACUGGGUGGACGGCGAGCAGAUGAGCGCCCUGAUCGGGAUGACGGCGAGGUUCGGCGGGAUGGUGCCGGACACCGCGGCCGCCGCCCCGAAGCUCCCCGCCGUGAUUCCCAGCUCCAAGACCGGCUGCCAGAAGUCCCCCCAGGCAAUUAAACAACUCUCCCUGCCACUGGCUGGCAACAUCGCCGUGACGGAGCGCGGCGAGUGCACGUACCUCGAGAAGGCGAACGCGGCCGCGUCCAGCGGCGCCAAGGCGAUGGUCAUGGCCAACGACAUCGACGAUGUGGGGAAGAUGGUGUGCAGCAAGAACGACACGGCGCUCGACUUCAAGAUCCCGGUCGUGAUCGUGUCGCGCUCCAACGGGCUCAAGAUCUUCGAGGCCAUGGACGGCGCGAAGAAGGUGGAGAUGCAGCUCUUCUCGCCGAACAAGGCGGCUUUCGACGCCGCCAUCCCGUUCCUCUGGCUCAUGGCCGUCAGCACCACCGCCUGCGCCGCCGUCUGGACCGCCGUCGUCGUCGGCGAGGAGGAGAAGAAGGCUCCUCCGGAGGGCGACCAGGAGGCUGCCAAAACGGAGGAGCCUGAGAUCGUGGAGCUGCAGGCCGAGACGGCGUUCGUGUUCGUCAUCGUGUCGUCCUGCGUCCUGCUCUUCCUCUUCUUCUUCAACUCCAUCUGGUCCGCGUGGUUGAUGGUCGGGCUCUUCUGCCUCGGCGGUCUCCAGGGCUUGCACUUCCUCGCGUCGACACUCAUUGUCAGAGCAUGCAAGAAGUGCGGCGACACGAAAAUAAAGCUCCCGGCGGUCGGGAACGUGACGGCGGUGACGCUCGUCGUGCUGCCGAUAGCGCUGUUCAUCGUCAUCAUGUGGGCGACGCACCAGACCUCGCCGUUCGCCUGGGUUGGCCAGAACCUCAUGGGCAUCGGUAUGAUGAUCCUCGUGUUGCAAAUAGUGCAAAUGCCAAACAUAAAAGUGGCGUCGGCGCUUCUGAUCAGCGCGUUCCUCUACGACAUAUUCUGGGUGUUCAUCUCGCCCUUGAUAUUCAAGAAGAGUGUCAUGAUCACGGUUGCCAAGGGCACGGACAACGGGCCGAGCCUGCCGAUGGUCCUGAAGAUGCCCAAGGAGUUCGACGUGUGGAACGGCUACGACAUGAUCGGCUUCGGCGACAUCCUCUUCCCAGGGCUCCUCGUCGCCUUCAGCUUCAGAUUUGACAGAUCGCACGGGAAGGGCGUGGGCAACGGUUAUUUCCCCUACGUCAUGAUCGGCUACGCAGUUGGGCUGUCAUGCACGUAUGUCGGCCUGUACCUGAUGAAGAGCGGCCAGCCAGCCCUGCUCUACCUCGUCCCCUGUACGCUAGGAACCAUCGCUGCGCUGGGCGCGCAGAGAGGGGAGCUCAGCCAGCUCUGGAACGCCAAGGCAUAGGAGAGCAUCACCGUGGAUGGAUUGCAAUGCUCAGGGCGUACGGUGGCCUCGAGAGCUACAAAUCCUCUCAAGUUAAUCCGGCAAAAGAAGGAUGAAACAUCUGUAAUUUUCGUAGCAAUUGUUAGUGUGUCCAUAUGUUAAUUGUAUGUAGGGUGCAGGUUAAUUAACCGUGUAUUUAUACUGCGAUGUUAUGAUAUUACCAGUAGCUGUUAGUAGUACUUGUUGUAUAAGACGAGAUGGCACGCAACUCUGUCCUAA